AAUACGAUAAAACUGACUCCGUACUGAGGCGUGAAGAAAGCCAAUAAAAAGGGGAAUUUUAAAAAGAUUCGGGGACGAUUAGGAAAUUCGCAUGCACAAUACCUCCCUUGCACUCGGAAUAUACGUACACUUGUGAUCUUUGAGGGCAGGAAUUUGAAGAGUUUAAAGAGACGGCCACGAGAUUUAAGACGACGGCGACCCGAUAAGACAGCAAGAUGACUCAAUUAAUGAGCCCUUAAUCUGUCAAUAAUAACAAUUUAUCAUAGAGUCCCUAGUCUUCGCCGGCCAUGUUUUCUAUUACCUUUGGCAAACAUUGAGGUGUUCGGUCAACAUGUCCGACCGACGAUAAUGAGAUGAUCAGAGUUUGAGACAACUGGACGGGCCGUUAUAUACAUGUAGAUGUCGUGACAACUUUGACAACUCUAAUGGUCAGGAAAACAACUGUUAUUAGUGUGAAAAUAUCUUAACAAGGAACAAGGAUGUAAUAUUUAUUAUUAUAUUUUUUUUUCACAUGGAAUUGUGAGAGAUUAAUAUGAACCACCAGGGUACGAGGAACAGGGGUCAGAACGUGAGCCUAUCCACAUCCACUAUUCCGUCCUACGGUGAAUUCGAGCCCGGCCCCCGACAGGCGAGCUCCCCACUGACUCCAGACUCACCCAAACAGUUCCUGAAUCACGUGGAUCGAGGGGUGUACGUCAUUAAAGACCUCUCCGAGGAUCCUGGGCCUUUUGUUGACCGACUGCCAUAUAGAACUCCAACUCGACCUAAAGAAAUCAGACUUUCUCCCUGUGAUAACAAUAUAUUGACGACUUCACCUGACAAUGGACGACUCACCACCCCUGUGCAGGAGCAGGGACAGCCAGAAUCUCCCCACGUGUUCCUCAGUCCCGUAGAUAAAGGCAUCUUCGUCAUCAACUCAACCUUCGACUCAUCUCAGACGUCCUUGUCGAACAAUAACAACGAUGCUAAUAACGACAAAAAGAAAAAUCAUGCGGAAAAAGACAAAAACUCCAAGAGGUAUAUCACAAAUGAAAACGAGGCCACCAGCGCGGAGAGAAAACCUCCAGACAGACGGCAGAUUUACGGCGUGGACGAGAACAAGGAGCGCGGGAACUGGACCGGUCGGCUGGACUUCCUGUUGUCCAUGCUGGGAUACUGUGUGGGGCUGGGAAACAUUUGGAGGUUCCCUUACUUGUGUUACCGUAACGGUGGAGGGGCGUUCCUGUUGCCAUUUAUAAUCAUGAUGCUCCUGGUAGGGAUUCCUCUUUUUUAUCUGGAGGCAGCUUUAGGGCAGUUCUGUAGUCGUGGUCCUACCACUUGCUGGGAGUUCGCUCCCUUAUUUAAAGGUUUGGGAAUUGCAAUGUUAAUCAUGUCGGGACUUACCAGUAUUUAUUAUAACGUGUUGAUCACGUGGUCGGUGCUGUAUUUCUUCUCUUCCUUUACGAGUGAUCUCCCCUGGAGUAACUGUGAUAACAAAUGGAACACAAAAGAUUGUACUUUAAAGUUACCAAAAGUUACUUGUUUUGGAACUGAACAAAAAUUUGCAAAUGGAACUUGUUACUCAAACCACGUGUUCAAAGGAAUCUGGAAUGAUGCCAUUUUUAAAAACGUGACCGGAAGAAGACGAGUGUCGCCGACAGAGGAGUAUUGGAAUAACAAGUUCCUGAGCAUUAGUAGUGGCAUCGACGACCUGGGGGAGCCCAAGUACGAGCUAGCGCUGGGGCUGCUGUUUGCCUGGAUAUUGUGCUUCCUGUGUCUCCUGAAGGGCAUCAAAACCACGGGCAAGGUUGUGUACGUGACGGCCAUCUUCCCUUACAUAGUGCUGUUUAUUUUAUUUUUCCGGGGGAUCACCCUGGAGGGGGCGGGGCAGGGGAUCUAUUAUUACAUUGUGCCAAAUUUUGAACGCCUUCUUGACGCAAAGGUUUGGCGUGACGCAGCCGUUCAGAUAUUUUACUCCAUGGGGCCCGGGUGGGGCGGGCUUAUAGCCCUGGCUAGCUACAAUCGAUUCCACAACAACGUGUUCAGGGAUUCCCUAGUGGUGUCGUUGGGGGACUGCGUGACCAGUAUCUUUGGGGGCUUCGUCAUCUUCUCCUUCCUGGGUCACAUGGCCAGCCAGAUGAAUGUGGAGGUCAAGGACGUGGUCACCAAUGGGGCGGGACUGGCGUUCGUUGUUUACCCUGAGGCCAUCCAGAGUCUUCCCCUGCCCACCCUGUGGUCAAUCCUUUUCUUCCUGAUGCUCAUCACCCUUGGCAUAGAUAGUCAGUUCGCCAUGUUGGAGAGUGUUCUGACUGGAAUCGUGGACUAUUUCCCCGGGCUCCGCUCCAAGAAGACACUGGUUAUGCUGGUGAUCUCUAUAGUGUUCUAUAUCCUAGGUCUUCCCAUGACCACGCCGGGCGGUAUGUACAUCCUACAGCUGAUGGACCACUAUGUGGCCUCCUGGUCCCUCCUCAUCGUGGGCCUGACGGAGGUCCUCGUCAUCAGCUACGUCUACGGAAUCAACCGGUAUUUGAAGGAUCUUGAAAUCAUGCUAGGUAGACCUCCAUUUUUGUGCUGGAAGAUUUGUUGGAUGUUCGUUAGUCCCAUCAUUAUAUGCAUAAUACUGUUGUUUGCGUGGAUCGACUACUCGCCCAUCCAGUACGGCAGCUACUCCUACCCUGAGUGGGCGGAGGCCCUGGGCUGGCUCAUGUCCUUCUUCUCCAUCAUCUUCAUCCCCAUCGUCAUGCUGUACAAAAUCAACAAGGAGGACGAGGGAAAGAACGCUUGGGAGAAAGUGAAACUACUGUGUACUCCGUCCCGGGAGUGGGGCCCCGCCCUUGUCCGUCACAGAGAGCUGGUGGACUACGUGGACGGGUUCGUGGCGGAUCCCUGGGUGGAGAGUGGGAGCCACCAGUACGUCAACUACGGAUAUGACGCAUCAAUGGGAAGCCAUACGACGACAGAUGUAUCCCGUCAAUCCUGGGCUUCCGGUUAUACCCAGAAUUCCCACGUGUCAUAUGAAUCCGCUGUUUGACCUAUAGUUUAUCCGUUUAUUACAUGAAAAAAGUCCCGGAAUAAUCAACUUACUGUGCAAUACCGUAUAUUCAUCGUGUAAUCAAAAACCAUUUAUAUCAUUUUAUACUCAUGUAAAUCCUUACUUAAUCGAUAUACUCAUUUUGUAAGAUGUCUGUAUAGUGUAUUAACAAGUAUUAAUCGUAAUGUUUUAAAUGCUUUUUAAUUUAUCAAUGUUUUGACAUUUUUUUUACACAUUGAUAUUAAAAUGUACAUAUUUUUU